AUGAGCACCGAAGAAGUUGAACCACCACAUGAAGAGGAGGAGACCGAACCUCAGGCACUGACGUUUUUGUCUCUUCCAGAAGAAAUCAUAGAGAACAUCCUCGCCCGUAUCUCUAAAUGGAAUUACCCUAAUCUCUCUCUUGUCUCCAAAAGAUUCCUCUCACUUCUAUCUUCUCCCCAAAUCUACACGACUCGAUCUAACAUCGGAACCACAGAACCAUGCCUCUAUUUCUGCUUAAAAUUCUCUAAGAACCGAUCUCCUGAAUGGUACACUCUUUGGAUGAAACCUGUCGAAACCCUAACGGACGAUGAUGAUGAUGAUGAUGAUGAUGAUGAUGAUAUCCCUGAAGAAUAUUCAUUGAUUCCAGUACCUUGUUAUCCCCAUCCUCAUUGUGCACCGUACGGUUCCACCGUAGCUGUUGGUUCGGAGAUCUACUUAAUCGGUGCACCCUACAAAUCACCACCUACUUCAGCUGUUCGUAUCCUUGAUUGUAGGACUAACACGUGUCGUGAUGGCCCCAAUAUGAUGGUGGCUCGGGAGUGUCCGAAUGUGGUUUUUGUGGACGGGAAGCUAUAUGUAUUGGGAGGUUGUGAGAAAGACGAGUCCAUGGCGCAUUGGAUGGAAGUACUUGACAUAAACACUCAGACUUGGAGUUCCUUGUCGAGCUAUGGAGCCGACGAGUUACGUAGCAGCGAUUCGUGGUUUACAAUCAACGAGCUCGAAGGAAAGAUUUACGCAAUGGCUAAGACGAAGGACUAUGCGUAUGAUCCAAAAGAAGGUAAAUGGGAAAUUGUAGAAACGCACCCGAGCAUCAUAUGGAUAGAUGACUGGUACGCCAGUGUAGACAAUGUAAUGUAUUGUUUUACAAACUCCGGUUAUUGCAUGUGGUACGACUCGAAGAGUAGAAAUUGGGAAGAGGUCAAGGGGUCUGAUUUGGAAUUAUUGCGUAAGCACAGUACAUUUAGCUUAGCUAGCGGGGGUUUGAUUACAUUGCUUAAUCAUGGUGGGAAACUUUUAGUUGUCUGGGUGCCCAGCUUUGAGGAAUACAACAGAAAGCGGAAAAGUAGAAUUUGGUGCGCAAAAAUCGCGUUAGAGAUGCGCCAUGGAGGUGAGAUUUGGGGUAAGAUAGAGUGGGCCAAUUCUGUGCUUACGGUCUCCAAGUCGUAUUGCUUCUUGAGUUGUGUAGCUAUAUUAAUUUGA